AUGGCUCCUUCGACUGUACCAAUGGGAGUAUAUCUCUGGAAGAGACUCGCAUCUCUUGGCAUCGAACACGUAUUCGGUGUUCCAGGAGACUUCAAUUUAACUCUACUGGACCAGAUUUACAAUGUUCCAGAACUCAAGUGGCUCGGGACCUGCAAUGAGCUCAAUGGAGCAUAUGCUGCUGACGGAUAUACCAGAAUCAAGGGACAUCCAGCUGCUCUUCUCACCACAUAUGGUGUAGGCGAGCUCUCGGCAAUGAAUGGGGUUGCUGGAGCUUAUGCGGAGCAAGCUGGAAUGAUCCAUCUCGUGGGCAUGACAUCUCGGCCAAUCCAGAAGAUGCGAGCUCUGAUCCAUCAUACCAUGGAACCUGGGAUGGACCACGCUAUUUAUAUUGGUAUGAGCGAGCCUGUACGAAAGACUCACACUUUCCUUAUGGAUGACAGCACUAUGGCCCAAGAGAUCGAUCGAGUUAUUAUCGAAGGUGUCAAGAGCAGGCUCCCAGUUUUUAUUUAUAUCCCAAUCGAUGUUGUGUCUGUUCAGCUUGAUGCCAAGCGUUUGGAAACACCACUUGAUACAAGCAUCAAGAACGAUAAAUCAGCCGAGGAUGCUGUCGUUAAGUCUGUUUUGGAAUUGAUCAAGAGUGCAUCUGAUCCUGUGAUCCUGGCUGAUGUAUUGACAAUCCGUCAUGGAGGACGGGACUUGGCGAGGGAACUAGUUGACCUCACUCAAUUUCAAAGUUUCUCAACGCCUCUGUCAAAAGGCAUCAUUGAUGAGACCCACCCAAGCUACGGCGGAAACUACAACGGAACAGUAUCCUUCCCCGGCGUGGCUGAGGCCAUUCAUGGUUCGGACCUAGUUCUCAACUUGGGCCCGCUUUUGUCGGAUUCCAACACUGGUGCGUUCACAAGAGAAGUCAAAGACGAAAACGCUGUUUUACUUGGACAUGCAUUCUGCCAGAUCAAGGGAAAGAAAUACGAUGGUGUUCACUUCUUGCCUGUUUUGCGAAAGAUUGUGGAGGCUUUAAGAAAGGACCCAAAGUCAUACCAACUCCCACGGCCACAAAAGGGAGCUAGACUUGAAGCACCUGUUUUGAACAAAUCCACGUCCGGCCCCAUCGAGCAAUCAUAUACGUGGCAGCGACUUGGCAAAUUCCUCAAAGCCAACGAUAUUGUGUUGGCCGAAUCUGGAACUGCCCAGUUUGGAAUGCCAGACGCCACCUUCCCUGCAAAUGUCAGCUUCAUCACGCAAAUCUUCUGGUCAUCCAUCGGCUACACCGUCGGCGCAUGUCUUGGCGCUCUCGUUGCUGCCAAGGAACUCAAACAUCCUGGUAGAGUUGUCCUUAUUGUGGGUGAAGGAAGCAUGCAGAUGACUGUUCAGGAGAUCGGUUCCUACAUCCGUUAUGGCUUCAAGCCCAUUAUCUUCGUGAUUAACAACAACGGUUACUCGAUCGAACGAGCAAUCAAUGGACCGAAGCAGGGAUACAAUGAUGUCAGUAUGCUCUGGGAUCAUCAGAAGAUGCUGGAGUUCUUUGGUGCGAGAAAGGAGACUGGGAUCCAAAGCAAGAGCUACAAGUGUAAUACGGUCGAAGAGCUGGAGAAGGUUCUUACCGAUGAGGAGUUUGCGAAGGCGGACUACAUCCAGGUGUGUGAGAUCGUGAUGGAUCAAUUCGACUACCCUUGGCGAUUGACCAAACAGAUUGAAAUAGCUCAAGCGCGGGCAAAGACGAUGGCGGGGAAGUAUUGA